CUGACAUCUUCCUGGAUGAAUAAAGUACCAGCACAUAGUCCGGCAAGUUCCUGUGUUGAGUCUGCUGGGAGCAAUCUGUAAAGGCCCUGAAACAUCACCAUGACUACGUUUCGCUUUGGACAACAUGUAGUAAAGGCAUCAGCGGUAUUUCUUCAGAGUGAAUUGUCUUUCGCUCUAGUUAACAGAAAACCAGUGGUCCCUGGCCAUGUGUUGGUGUGCCCGCUCAGAUUAGUGGAGCGUUUUCAUGAUCUUCGACCAGAAGAGGUGGCUGACUUAUUCCAGACAACCCAAAGAGUGUCAGGCGUGCUUGAAAAUCACUUCUGUGGCACCUCACUGACUAUUGCUAUUCAGGAUGGCCCAGAGGCUGGACAAACUGUGAAGCAUGUGCAUGUCCAUGUACUGCCAAGAAAGCGUGGAGACUUUGAGAAAAAUGACAGUAUUUAUGAUGAGAACUCUAAUAAGACGCCAUUGAUGCUGGUAAUGGAAGGCAUUUGGAAGUUUCAGAUUAUGGACGAUAGAAAAAUCAAUACAAAAGGAUCAUACAUUAUUUUCCAAUUUUAAUCCGAGCAAUACUGUUCCAUUACAUUGUUUAAAUUGACGUGCUUAUCCUUUCAAGGAUGUUCAAGAAUGAAUAUCAGGGUGGUCCUUUUGUGGAAAUCUUCAGUGCUCAAGGGAAAGAUCCUGUAGCAAAAUGGAAACUCUGUGGCAGCCAAUCUAUUUGCAAAGACUUUGACAAAGAGGUUAAGAGUUUUGUUUAUGUUCUUGAGGGCAGCAGU